UCAAAUAGAACAUUGUAUCUUACUCGAUCCGAUACAGUUUUAGUUUUUCAAGAAACAGUUCUGUCCAUAAUGACAGUGACUAGGAAAGAUGGACGAGACUGAUGAUUAGAUGAUGACUAAGAGUCGUCUAUGACGAAACGAGUUUGAUUACAAAUAAAACACAGACAGAGCCCUGAAGUUCGGAUCCUGUAGGAUUAGGUCUUUGUUUCUUUUGGUCCUCAUGAAAACCAGAACCUCAUCUCCAGCGUCAAGAAACAACCGACACGUGUAGCGUCUUGGUUCUUGAAGGGCUUUACAGCCACAUACCUAUAGCAACAUGCACGCUGUCACCUGCGUAAAACGUGGCUUCAUAUUUCAAACCAGAAACCUGUUAGUCCCGUGUAACUGUUGUCUGCUCUGUCUUUGUUGAUUCUGCAGCAUCAGCAUCUUCGUUUCUUAGGUUAGAGAAAGAUCUCUUUCUGGUUAAUUAGAGAGAGUGUUAGUCUUUCUGUUUUGGGUUAAUCAAAGGAGUAGAAUGAGCAGUUGGACGAAGCUGGAUGAGGAUCUUGGACCGGAGCGCGGGGACGAUGAUUUUUUAACAGAUGAUGAAGAGAACCAAGCACACAGAAACAACUAUGAGCCUUCCGAAGCCGAAACUGAAUCUGAAGUAGGCAGACCUGAGGGCAUUGCCAUUAGUGCACCUAACAAUAAUGCAUGGCCUCAGAGCUACUGGCAGUCCAUCGAUAUGUACACCAAUGUCAUGACUCCUCCUUCCCUUCCUUCCCUUACUUUUAUGCGAUCAAGAGGGCCCAGUUUCAGCUCCUUGUCUUCGUUUGUUAAGUGGCAACAAGCACCUGAUGAUAAUUCUUCACAGCUCAGUGGCAAAUUACUUGCUUCCGAAGCAAGUUUAGAGAAAGAAGGGCUUGCAGCAUCAUCUCCCCCAACUCUCUCUGCAAAAAAUUCUGUCUGUGAAUUGCCACCGCCAAAGGAACAUAGUUGUUCAUUUUCACAAGCUGUACUCAAUGGAAUCAAUGUCUUGUGUGGGAUGGGACUUAUUACAACACCAUAUGCAAUAAAAGAAGGAGGGUGGUUGAGCCUCAUUUUACUAGCAUUGUUUGGUGUGAUAUGUUGCUAUACUGGAAUUUUAUUAAUGCGAUGUUUAGAAAGUUGUCCUGGACUCCGAACCUAUCCAGAUAUUGGCCAGGCUGCUUUCGGCUCGACUGGCCGUUUAAUUCUAUCUAUAAUUUUGUAUCUAGAACUAUAUGGUGCUUGUGUGGAGUUUUUGACGAUGAUGGGCGAUAACUUAGCGGCAAUAUUCCCAAACACCCACAUAGCAUUUGCAGGAAUCCAUCUUCAAAGUCAUGAAAUUUUUGCCAUCACAGCAACUCUUGUAGUUCUUCCCACUGUAUGGCUUCAAAAUCUUAGUUUGCUCUCUUACCUCUCAGUUGGAGGAGUAGGUGCAUCGAUUCUGGUGGCCAUUUUAUUGCUGUGGGUUGGGGCUGUGAACCAAGUUGGCUUUCAUCACAGUGGAUCCGCCUUAAACCUUUCCGGGUUGUCUGUCACAAUUGGUAUAUAUGGUUUCGGCUACGCUGGUCAUUCAGUGUUCCCAAAUAUCUACACAUCCAUGAGAAAACCAUCUCAAUUUCCAGCAGUUCUACUAACCUGUGGUGCCUUUUGCUUCUUCAUGUAUACUGGGGUAGCAAUAUGUGGCUAUCUAAUGUUUGGAGACUCGGUCAGGUCUCAGUUCACUUUAAACAUGCCCGAAGAAUUUGUUGCUUCAAAAAUUGCAGUCUGGACAACAAUUGUGAACCCGAUGACAAAGUAUGCCCUCACAAUAACGCCCGUUGCUCUGAGUUUAGAGGAACUCUUUCCUGUAGCUUGGAUGGGAUCUCAUUUGGCUUCAAUCCUUACAAGAACAGUUCUAGUUCUAUCAACUUUGGUCGUAGCGUUGAGCUUUCCAUUCUUUGGUGCGGUGAUGGCAUUGAUGGGAUCCUUACUUGCAAUGUUAGUGGCUAUUAUCUUCCCAGGGGUGUGUUAUCUCAUCCUACUUAAAGGUAGAUUAACUAAGUCGCAGAUUACAACUUGCGUUUUCGUUAUAAUGCUGGGGGUGUUGUGCUCUAUUAUUGGCACAUAUUCAUCAAUUACAAAAAUAGCUGAACAGAUGGACUAAAAGGGAACAGUAUCUUAGUUAUUUCUACUUGGAAAUUGCUUUGGUUGAGUGCCAUACCGUAUAGCAUGCAUCACAACUCAAAUGAGAGAUUUGCGUAUACGAGCUCUCGCGGGUCCUUCUUCCUUUAAUCAACACAUGUAUUCUAGCCAUUAGCCAAUAGUGAAAUAUCUUUUUCAGUUUCAGGACAAGAUACUGAAAGCAAAUGUUAUGAAUGUGAUGGAAGCUUCUAGUUUUCUUCAUUUAUUAUUAUACAACAAUAUAUUGGUUAUUCUUCGGUCGAACUCCAAUGUAAAGAUCUCUCAUUUAUAAACAAAAGAUUUACACAA